AUGUCAAUACCAACUUACAGAAGCAGUACUUCUCCAAGUAUUACUACAGCAUCACCUUUUUCACAACAGUCAAAAUCAUCACAAUAUCAACAUUCAUCUCAACAUCAACAUUCAUCUCAACAUCAACAUUCAUCUCAACAUCAAUAUUCAUUUCAACAACAGCAUUCGUCACAAAACCAGCAUGCAUCUCAACAUCGAAAUGUAUAUUUACAUUCAUCAACAAGUAAAACAGGCAAUUACUAUGGACCUAUUUGUUCUUCUCCAUCAAUCAAUCAACAACGUAUGAUUACUUCUCAUAAUCAAAACCGAUCAUCACCAUAUACUAUUCAUUCACCACGUACUAUUCGUUGUCAAACAUCGGCUGAUGUUGAUACACAAUCGCAUGUUAUUGAAAAUGAGAAUAUUGAACCUGAUCAAUUUAUUAUGAUCCAUAAAAGUGCACUGGAUAGUCUUGUUGAAAAAUAG